AACAGGUCCUCCGCCACUCUCGCUCUCUCGCCAAACCUGCCGCAAUGUCGUAUUUUUGUCAAUAAAAUGGUCACUUGUCUCACACACGUUUUGAAAUUCAAUCUCUCUCUGUCGCUUUCUAUCUCUUUCUCUCUCGUAUGAUUAGGGUUUGAAGAGAAUCGAAUAGAAUCGAUGGCUCCAUCGUUGAUCUGCAGCUUCGUGAUGCGCAGGACGGUUAUACUCGCAGAGUGCUCAAAUCAUCAGGAUCAGGAGGAUGUGGCUCGCCUGGCUCUGAAUUUGCUCGAAACGCUCGACCGUUCGAUGAGAAGGAUCACUUACGAACGUGAUGGUUACACCUUCAACUACCUGAUUGAUUGUGGCUACACAUACAGUGUAGUUGCAGAUGAGGAUAUUGGUCGAGAAAUUCCUCUUGCCUUCCUCAAUCAAGUCAGGAAGGAUUUUCUUGGCAAAUAUAGUGCACAAUUUGUUAAAGCACUAAUUGCAAAUAGUCUGAGCAAUGAAUUAGGCUCCAAACUGAAGGAGCAUAUGGAAUAUGUAGCUGCUAAAGUCUCAAAAGACGAACAAGUUGCGAUGGAAUAUAUUGAGAAGAAUCGAGGGUGGCACAUGAGAAGAAAAUCCAAAGCUUCAUCAUUGAGCUACAGCUUCGUGGCGCACGGGACGGUGGUUCUUGCAGAUUGGUUGCAAUUUGACCAUACGGUCAGUGGCUUGGCUGUGGAUUAUCUCUCUGAGCUCCCCUGUUCGAUAAAUAAGAUCAACUACGACCGUGGUGGCUGCACGAUCAACUACCUGCUUGAUAGCAACUUCACAUACUGUGUAGUUGCAGCUAAGGCUAUGGGUCGAAAAAUUCCCCUUGCCUUCCUCGAUCAAAUCAAGAAGGAUUUUACUGCCAGAUUUGGUGGAGGAUUAGCUGUAGCAACAGUUGAAAAUAGUCUGAACAAAGAUUUCAGGUCCAAACUGAAGGAGCGUAUGAGACAUGCUGAGGUGAAAGCUGCUCAAGCCUCAAAAGAUGAAGGAGUAACGAUGGAAAAUAUUGAAAAGGACGAGGAGGAGGACGAUGACGAUGACGAUGACAAGGAGGAAGAUGACGAUGACUCUGAUGAGGAGGACGAGUAUUAAUGAGAAGCAAAUAUGGGAUACAAGAAAUGAGACCUGCACUGUACUUUUAUGACAUUUUGUAUACGGUCUUAUUUGACUUGCCUAGGUAGUCAAGUGGAUUUGGGAAUAUUGAAAUGCUGCAUGUGUUUAUAGUUUCAAUGAUUUGAUUUCAAAUUACUAUUAAGUAAAAUUCAGUGGCGUUCUCGGA